AUGGACCCUCUCAGUAGAUAUAAGCAAGCUGUGCAGCAAAGGUUGGAUAAUGCAGACCUUGCAGUGAGCAAGAUCGUUCGGGAGAAUACCUUAUUGAGCCAACAAGUGAUAAACAAGGAUGAGGAGCUGCAAUCGUUAAGAGAAGAGGUGAAGCGAUUACAGCAAGAUGCUAAGAGGGAAGGCGAGAGAAGGGAAAAAGCUGGUGAGGAAGUUGAAAUUACUAAAGAUCUGUUCGAGCACCUGUGUGGGGUACGCGUUCAUAAGCUAUAUGAAGACGACACUGGGCUGUGGUUUGAUACGUCCCAAGGGAGUAAGAAUGGUGUUAUGGACUAUAAGUUGGGAUUUGUUAAGAACGCAGAGACUCAGGAUACAGAGGUCGUGUAUAUACCAUUAUUGAAGCGACGGAGCGCGUCAGAGCUGAAAGCCCUUCAAGCGAAGCUGCCAGGAUACAUGUUCGACACCCUCAGCUUCCCGCUUGGGUCGCUAAAUCAGUUUUACAACAAGUUGUCUAGGUGUUUAGGUAAGAGCAGCGCUCCUGAGGCCUAA